AUGCAUUCGUGCAACAAGGUACCAUAUAAAUGGAUGCAAUUCGUCAACAUAUUUCUCAAGAUCCACUUGCUUUCUGAGCUGGCUGUUAGCGCUCGCCUCGAAAUUCCCGCACGACUUAUCACACCAAGUAGCCGAGCAGGAUAUCUCACUGGCUCUCGAGCUCGGCAACACGGCUCAACAGAUCGCAAACAGCCGCACUCAGACGCCUGGCUGCCGUUUGCGCUGCAUUUGGGCUACCAAGAUUGGGUCUAG